AUGUUGUACUGUGGCCUGCAGGGAGUAUUGACUUUCAGGGAUGUGGCCAUAGAAUUCUCCCUAGAAGAGUGGGAAUGCCUGGACUCUGCUCAGCAGCAUUUGUAUAGGGAUGUGAUGUUAGAGAACUACAAACAUCUGGUCUCCUUGGUUCUGGCUACCUCUAAGCCAGACUUCAUUACCUUUCUGGAGCAAAGAAAAGAACCCUGGAAUUUGAAGAGACAGGAGACAGCAGCAAAACACCCAGGAUGA